AUGACCGACGAUUGUGAGGCAGAGAGGACGGCUUUGGCUAACGCUUUUCCAGAAGCUAACAUCAUUUUAUGUUGUUUUCAUGUUCUACAAGCCCUGUGGAGGUGGCUGUGGAUGGGCAAGAAUAGAAUUGCUUCCACUGACAGGCAACAUCUGUUCUUUUUAGUGAAGUCAAUGGUGUAUGCCGAUACUGUUGAAAAUCUUGAUCACUGCUUUCAAGAAGCAACAGCAGAUCCCAAAGUCCAAAAAUACCCAAACUUCUUAAAGCAUGUUAACAAGAUAUAUGACAGACGUGAAGAAUGGGCUACCUGCUACCGAGCAAACAUUCCAGUUCGUGGAAACAACACCAACAAUUUUUGUGAGGCAGCCAUGGGAGUCCUAAAGGACAAAGUCCUGAUACGUACAAAGGCAUUCAACAUCUUACAAUUAUUGGAUUUCAUUUUCACCAGGUUAGAAACUUACUAUGAGCGGAAGAUCAUCGACAUAGCCAACAACCGUCUGGAUGUUGUUAAGAUGUCUCGUUUCAUGCCAACUGACCCUAAAAUUGAAAACAUUAUUCAGAUAAGCGACUCGGAGUUUCUAGUAUCAAGUGAGACAAACCAAGAUCAGACAUAUACAGUUAAUAUUACUGUAUCAAUGUGUACUUGCCAUGUUGGGUGCAGAGGAGCACCAUGCAAACACCAAGCAGCUGUGGUUAAGAGGUACAACAUACAAUCCUGCAACUUCUUACCAAUAAGACAUCCACAAAAAAGACAGCAAUUGCAUUAUGUGGCAACUGGCCAACAUCUACAGCUAUCCUGGUUUGCUACAUUGAGUGAUGUACCAGAAGAAGACAGAGAUGCAGCCUGCUUGGAAGCGACCGAAGAAUGUAUUCUUGAUGCUAGUGUAGAGGAAGUGAGCAGUGCUAGGGAAGAGAGCAGAAGUGCUAGUGUAGAAGAAAUUAUUGAUAAGAGUACUCAGCAUGCUGCAUUAUUAGAUGAAUAUCAUUCUGUUUGCCAGGAUAUUGAAUCUACAAUAAGGUUACGAUUACAAACAGAUGCUACAUUUAUUCCUGCUGUACAGGCCUUCAUUGAUGGUGCUAAACAACUGAAAAAUGACUCAUCAUUGCUUUCAGCAUUAUCCACCUUUGGUAGAUACUCCGGUCACAAAGUCAGAAAUGGGAAGCGAAACCAGUUGGCCGGUUUAAAGAGAAUUGGCGUUCAACCCACGGCAGUGGCAAGGAGAAAAAAGUUGCAUGUCGGAGGUAGGAAGUGUGAUCAACGUGGAAGGCCUUGUGCAAGUAGCAGACAUGUUACAAGCAAGGCUUCAUUAUUGCCUUCUGUCCUGCCUAAGAAAACACGAAGACCAGCUCCACAUAACAUGAAAGUGUGUGUUGCAAAAAACACUGGUUUAGGAAAGACACAUGGCAAGAAGUAA